AUGCGGAAACAGCGCAUAAAUGCCUUCCAGGUACUAAUACUAUGCUUUGUCGGGCUCGGCUCGAUGACUUAUGGAUACACUGCUUCAAUUAUUGGAACCACUCUGGGUCAACCAUCCUUCAUUGAAUACUUUGAGCUAGACACAAGAGAGGACGGGACUGAUCUCAUCUCUACAACCAACGGGCUCUUCCAGACUGGGGGAGUCAUUGGCACCCUUCUUCUUCCUCUAGUCUCCGACAAGUAUGGCAGAAAAUGGGGCAUUGCAGUUAGCGCCAUCUUAGCUGUAGUUUCAGGAGCAUUUCUGGCAGGUAGCACUAAUAUUGCGGAAUUCAUUGUCUUUCGAUUUAUAGCUGGAGCUGCUGCUUUCAUGAGUUUGGCGGCUGUUCCUAUAUGGAUGAAUGAAGUCGCCCCCGUCAAAAUGCGAGCAGGUCUUGUUGAUAUCCAUGCCGUCCUUCUCAUCUUCGGAUAUACCGCCCAAGGAUGGGUAGGAUUUGGGUUUUAUUUCUGGAAACAGGGUGGCAUCAACACAUGGAGGCCCCCUCUGGCACUCCAAUGUGCCUGGCCCCUACUGCUACUCUGUGGUCUCUACUGGAUCCCAGAAAGCCCACGUUGGCUCAUGAUCAUGGAUCGCGAAGAAGAAGCCCGAGUGAUCCUCUACAGACUCCACGCCGACCCAAGCGAUCCCGACAACGAAUUCGCGCGGUCAGAAUACUACCAAAUUAAGAAACAGAUUGCUAUCGACCGUACGCUGGGUAGCUCGUGGAAGGUCAUGUUCACGAAGCCGUCAUAUCGGAAACGAACUUUCCUGGCCAUGGGUCUCACGUUUUUCAUCCAGUGCUCUGGUGUUCUCGUUAUCAACAACUACGGCCCAACCCUCUACAAAAUCCUUGGCUUCAGCCCCGUGAAGCAGCUCCUCUAUCCCGCUGGUUGGCUGACCUGCGCCCUAGGCUUGAACGCAGUCGCCAUUUUCGUUGUCGACCGCUUCCCUCGAAACAAGUACAUUGGAGUCGGCAUUCUCAGCUGCAUGGCCGCUUUAAUCGUCGAAGCCGCGCUGGUCGCGAAUUUCGUACCCUCGAAUAACAAGAACGCCCUUCAGGCUGCCGUGGCUAUGUUCUUCAUCUUCCAAAUGCCUUACAGUCUUGCGCUUGAUGGGCAGGUCACGCAGUUCUCCUACCUAGGCGAGAUCUUUCCAACCCACCUCCGCGCCAAAGGCGUUUCCCUCGGCGUCGCUAUGAUUUCGCUCACCAAUAUUGUCUGGUUGCAAGCCGCGCCGACCGCCUUUAUUACCAUCGGCUGGAGAUUCUACCUCGUUUUCAUCAUCCCAGGCACGAUCGGCGGUCUGAUCAUCUUCUUCUUUUUCCCGGACACCAAAGGCCUGCCAUUGGAAGAGGUCGCGGCGCUAUUUGGAGACGAGGAUGAGAUCGCGGUGUAUCAGCGUGAGAUCGAUAUUCACGGGAACGAAAUUGUGGAUCGGCAUGGGGACUUGAAGGAGAAGGAGCAGGUGGGGUAUUUAGAGGAUGUGAAUACUGGGGAGGUGGAGGGGGGAAGGGUGUAGGUCUGAUGAUGGGCAUUUUCCGCUUCCUCCCUACAGCUUAUACUCCUGAUGGGGACUCACCUUUGCCACAAAAUGUACCAAUUGGGCCAAAACGCUAAAUCACUGUCCCCUCUUCCUAGCACGCUUUAAGUGGAAAAUGUAAAAAUUGGACUGAUAGCUUAGCUUGUAGACCUAAGUUAUGUUCUAGGUCUUCGGUCUAAGAGGUAAUCUUAAAUCGAAAGCGUCCUCCCUUUAUAUUACGCUCUUGAAAUAUCC